ACAAUACCUAGACGCGACGGGAUAAGACAGUGUGGCGGCGGUACCCAUUAAAAAAAAAAAAGUCAAAUCUAAUUGCAUGCAAUUCUUUGACGUCGUCAGUAGCGAACCUCUGGUCUCAAAGUUUCAAAGUUUCAAAUUUUCCAAAUUUAAAUAUACCUCCACUCACUUAUCGACAAUCGCCGUUCUACUAAGCUCACAAUUGUGAACAAUUUAAUGGGGUGUCGGUAGUGAAUAUUCAGAGUGCUUCUCCGUCGCUUUUCUACAGGCCGCACAGAAACUGACUUAUAGCCGUCAUCUCCAUAACGGGUCAUGGCCCAACCGCCACCCCAUGCGAUUUAUACAAUGAACAACACCGGAAAGCGUCGCGAUGGCGCAUUUCCGAUACCACAACAGUCGCCACUACCUCAAUCCCGUGAGCUCGGUCUCGCAACUCCCGAGGCUACAGCGACAACAUCGUCGCCGUUCUCCAGAUCUUGGCCACAUUUGGUCGCCGGAGGUAUCGGGGGCAUGACAGCAGCUGUGCUAACAGCACCUCUCGAUGUUCUCAAAACCCGACUUCAAUCCGACUUCUAUCAAGCCCAGCUCCGGGCAGCGCGAGAAGCAACAGGCCAAGCGCGCCUUGGUCCAUGGCAGUCAGCCACGUAUCACUUACAAGAAACCUUCCAGAUCUUGCGCGACGUGCACAGGCUAGAAGGGUGGCGAGCACUGUUCAAGGGUCUGGGGCCGAACCUGGUCGGAGUCGUGCCGGCGCGAAGCAUCAACUUCUACGUGUACCCCACGAGCAAGAGGGCAUAUUCGCAGUGGUUAGACGCAUCCCCGGAGAAUCCAAUUGUGCAUCUAGCCAGUGCGGUGACAGCGGGGAUCGCAACAGGAACUGCGACGAAUCCUAUAUGGCUAGUGAAGACGCGAUUGCAGCUUGACAAGAAUAACGCUGAGCGCAAGGGUGACAUAGGUGCGCGCCGGUACCGCAACAGCUGGGACUGCAUCCGACAGGUGGUGCGGGACGAGGGUCCGCGGGGCUUCUUCAAAGGUCUGAGCGCAAGUUACCUUGGCAUCACCGAAAGCACACUGCAGUGGAUGAUGUACGAGGAGAUUAAACGUAAAUUAAGAUUACGAGAGGAACUGAUCGUGCAGAGUGGCAAGGAAAAGACAUGGUGGGACCGUACAGUUGACUGGACCGGAAACUUCAUGGGUGCCGGCGCGGCCAAGGGCAUAGCAUCCAUAUUGACGUAUCCGCACGAGGUCGCGCGGACUCGGCUCAGACAAGCACCAAUGUCAGAUGGGAAACCCAAGUAUACGGGGCUUGUACAAUGCUUUAAACUUGUCUGGAAGGAGGAGGGCGUCGUCGGAUUAUACGGUGGUCUAACGCCUCAUCUAAUGCGUACAAUCCCCUCGGCCGCAAUUAUGUUCGGCAUGUACGAGGUUAUCGUCAAGUUCCUCGGCGCGAAGAACUAGAUAACGAUACCUUUGUCACUAACCCACAUAUUAACGCCCCCCUAGACAAGUCCAAUCCCACUGACAUCACCCACUAACGUGACGGUACACGUUUAUGACGACCCUGUAAUAACAUCAACUUGAGCUUGGACUGGAUAUCCAAGGAACCAUAGGCACCGAAGGAAGCCAUUCUAAAUAACCAUCUCACCUUUAUCCCCACCCACGCACGUGCAUAGACACUGUGCAAACGCUACGUCACCACUACUGUAUAUCAAAUGGAAAUAUGUGAUAGAAAAGGGCUGGGUCACGAUAGAAUUACGAAGGCAAAAAAGCACGGCAGGGUUCUCGUUAGCCUGCUACGAUGUGUACGGAGUGGCAUGUGACAUAUAGCAUGAUUGGCGUUUAGGAGGGAAAAGGGAGAUGGAUGAUAUAUUAGAUAAGGCAAAAAAAAGAAGAGGAUAAAAUAAAAACGAUCCACUCUAAGGCCACGACCACAUGUAUUAGAAAUACAUGUAUGUAACCAUGUAGCAUAAGAGAGAACAGGUAGGCUUGUGUACAGGACUUGAGUGUCCUCCGUUAAAGGUCUCUUAUGAGUGCCCCUAAUUACAACAUCUUCUAGGUAGCUAGUAGGUCUUUAUA